AUGUCUUUUCAGACAGCAAUAGCAGCCGUCUCGCAGAGAGAGGCUGAGAAUGGCUUUGCUCCGUUCCCCGAACUGGACCGCAAGCUUUGCAAUUGGGAAGAGCCAGACGAAAGAGACCUUCCCGAGGAGAUCAACUACGACUCCGACGACGACACAGCGACGCAGUUUGCAUUGCUCAACCCAAUCCUUGCGAAAUACCGGAGGGAAACUGCCUUCGGAGACGCAGACCUUGCUGGUCUGGAGCCAUCUCAACGAAGUUUCAAGUACAAGACUGUCAAGCAGAUGCCGGCAGCAUUCAAGUUCAAGGAGACUGAUCCAGCUUACAACGUCCUGCCCUGGGAAUUGACUGAGGACUACCGCGGCCAGGACCUCAAGUACUUCGAUCACUUUGCCGCUGGCAAGAAGUCCAGCAAGCACUACGCCUUCCUCAGCCUCAGUCUUCCAGACAGCGGCGGAAGGAUGAAUAACAUCUUUUGGGGAGCCAAUUACGGCAGUGAACCCCAAGAUGGCGUGAAGAUUCGGGUCGAGGCCAUGCUUGACACCGCGUUCCCCUCGUUGGCAAUCUAUGUCCAUCGCCACGACAAGACGGUUGUGGAAUGCAGAGUGUUCGCAUCCGCUUGCGAGUACUUUGAAUGCUAUCCACCCCGUCAAAUCACCGAGAAAUGGCUUCCGAUCGUCGAGUGCCCGCAGUUCGACCAGAUGAGGAACAACGAGCUCUUCCAGUACAGAUUCAAGCUCAAAGACGACAGCAAAAUGGUGUUCAGCGGCAUGAAUCGGGCCCGACUCGACGAACUGGAUGCUACACCUGGAUGGUUUGAUGACCACGUGGCCGACGUGAUCAUCUCUGAUCUCUUCAAGGUCAGGGAAAUGGCUGCGACCAUCACAGUCCCAAAGAAUGUCGCCUCGGCAAAUGAUUUUGCGGAUCACUUCGAACUGUUGAUGCGGACGGUCAUUCAGCACGGCAAUUUCCCGUUCCAGGCUCUUCAACAAAAGGGAGUUGACAUGGCCACGAGAAACUUCACCUUCGAAGGUGCAGACGCCGCACCUCCUCGUCACUUGGUCAAGAAGUGGCUAGUUGUUGCAGAUCCCGAGGGUACACGCAUCGAGCGACUGCUUCCCCUCGAAUGGGCCAACUAUCGUGACCCCGGCAUAUGGCCUGACGAAGAGACAGCCAACACUGCCUACAGGCUCGGCCUUGGCCGCAAGCGCCCGUUGACCACGCAGAUCUUGUCUGACAGCCUCAUCAAGCAGUCGGUUGAGGCCCGCAGAAGCAAGACAGAAGGAUUCGCGCAGCACAAUGGCCUGAAGAUGAUGCGUGACUUGCUGGACCUCCUAUGUCCCGCUGCUCCUCGUGAAUGCAGAAUCAUGGCUGCGAGUGUGUACAAGGGUUGGCUGGAUCUCAAUGUCCGCCCGGAUCCCAAGUUCACGUUCAUAGACACACUGAAUGUGGUCGACUUGAGCGCCGGACCCUCGACGGGCAGCAAGCGCGGCAGACGCAAAUUUGGAGGGAGACGGUGGCCUCAAAACCGUUGA